AUGUCUGUGUCAAUUUCUGUUGUUGAUCAGUCAAUAGUUACAGCAGUAACAUUGACAACAUCAUCAACAGCAUUAUCUGAAUAUUUCCCGGAUUCUUACACCAUCACUAACAACAAUGGCAAAUUCAAAACGUCACGACAAUCUACAGAUCCCUCUGUACGGCCACCGUAUCAAACUGAUACAGAGCCGCCGCGUGAAAUUAAUUUUAAAGUUAUAUUUCAUCCUGGUUUACACGUGGAUCACAGUGGGAAAUAUGGAAAUAGGAAAGUGUACCGUUUAAACGGUCAA